AUGCCAACAUUGACAGUCCGCCCCCUCGAUGGCAGCAAUCUUACUUUCCCCAACAUCUCCUUCGCCAUCCUCGUCGCGCAGCUAAAACAACUCAUCGCCGAGCGACAGGGCGUGCAGCCGCGCGACCAGCGGCUCAUAUAUGGGGGCCAGUAUCUGGAUGAUCAGAGGACGCUGGAGAGCUAUAACAUUGGCGAUGGUUUUGUCAUCCGUCUCCUAACAGCCGCCCCAUCCCCCUCGCCCGCCAAUCUCCCUCAAGCUGGUUCCGUGGGGCCCCGCGUCCUCCGUAACAUCUUCGUCCAGCCCGCCACGGGGCCUGUGAUCAGUAUCCGCGAUGUCCCCGCGGACGCGACGGUCGAGCACCUCAAGCAGAUGUAUUUCUAUCGCACGGAUCAGAACCCGGAGUUUGUGAGGAUGAUAUAUGGGGGGAAGGAGAUUGAGGAGAUUAGGGGGGUCGGGGUAUGUGAUAUUCUUCUUCUGUUUGUGGUUUUGAGGAAAGGGAAGGGGGGUAUGAGGGGAGGGGUGUGCGGGGGCUGGGGGGGAAUGGUGGUGAACGGUAAAGGGGAAAAGGGGCAAUAG